CGGGCGAGCUGAACAAAACUGGACCGGGCUGGACCGGGUUGAGGCGAGCCGUGCCGGAGCGUGUCUCUCUGAAGUUGGGAAAUGGCAGUGAUGGGAAUUGCAUGCCAAGGAGCUCCUGACCCAGCAGUCAAGCACAAAAAGGAGCUCACAGAUGCUGAGGGGCUGAAGGAGACAGUGAGUGAAAAGCAGAGCAGUGUUUGCAAAGUAGAAGAUUCAAAGAAGGUCAUCUUUCACAGUCAGUGGAAAAUCCUGAAUGAUGUAAUCACCAAAGGAACAGCAAAAGAAGAAACAGAAGGAGGCUGUGCAUCAAUUUCUAUUAUUGCCCAAGCAGAAUGUGAAAACAGUCAGGAGUUCAGCCCCACUUUAUCAGAGAGAUCCUUUAUUGCCCACAGUAAACGUUACAGCCGCUCGGACAGCCUCGAUCACAUCCCCAACAAUGUGGCCCAUGCCACGGAGGGCAGGAUGGCACCCACCUGGAGAGGGAGGCACCGGGGCAGGGCCAAGAAGAAAAGGCACAAGAAAAGAUCCAAGCUGAAAGGACAACCUGUGGCUGCUGGCAGGAGAAGUCCAAGAACUCCAGAACAGGAGAGCUGCACCCCAAUUCCAGUCCAGGAGGAUGAAUCCCACCAAAGUAUUCUUUACAGAAACAGUUUUUGGGUUCCUGAAUUUAACAAGGACUUGGGCUAUGAUCCACUGUCUUCUGAGAAGCCUGCCCAUGCCUCUUUGUCCAUGGGCAAACUCCAUUCCCCAAGGAGCCAAUACAAAAUGGAACUGCACAAGUUGAUCAGCCCUAUUCAGUGCCUUAAUCAUGUUUGGAAGCAGAGGGACACUGUUCCCCAGCCUGAGACUCUCCAUCCUUUUCCCUACAACAUCCUUCCCCCCCAUUUCCCACAUGUGGACAAUCCUCUCCAUGCCAUGAAGCAGAAAGCUCUGGACACAUACUUCCAUGGUGACCUCAGCUAUCAAGACAGUCACUUGUCUGGCCUAAACUUAGAAUAUAAUUUCACCAAAUGUAUCAACCAGUCUGUCCAAACCAGUUCAGACAAGCUUUCUGUGGAAGAAUAUUUGGUAGAUGCGUUGAAGGGGAGCGUGAGUUUUGGUGAACCACAAAAUUUAGCCAGCCUGGCCAAGACGUGGAGAGGAGGUGGGCUGGAGCUGAAGCAACAAUUCCAUGAAGCAAGUGAAAAUGAAGGCGUGCUGCUGAACGAGAAGCUGAAGCCUGUGGAUUACGAGUACCGAGAAGAGGUUCACUGGACCAAGUGCCAUGGUUCCUUGGGCAUUGGCUCAUUUGGGGAAGUGUACAAGAUAGAGGACAAGCAGACAGGAUUUCAGUGUGCUGCCAAGAAGGUGCAGGUGGAUCACUUCCGUGCGGAGGAGCUGACGACAUGCGCGGCCGUGAUGAGCCCCAGCGUGGUGCCCCUGUACGGCGCUGUCAAGGAGGGCCCCUGGGUCACCAUCUUCAUGAAGCUGAUGGAGGGUGGCUCAUUAGGGCAACUUAUUAAACAGAGUGGCUGCCUGCCAGAGGACAGAGCCCUCAGCUACCUGGGCCAGGUGUUGGAGGGUCUGGAGUAUCUUCAUGCUCAAAACAUUCUCCAUGGAGAUGUCAAAGCGGAGAACGUGCUGCUGUCAGAUGAUGGGAGCAGGGCUCUUCUGUGUGACUUUGGCCACUCUGCUCACCUGCACCCAGACGGGCUGGGAAAGUGCUUGGUCACAGGGAACUACGUGCCUGGCACAGAGACCCACAUGGCCCCAGAGGUGGUGAUGGGGAAGCGCUGUGACUCCAAGGUGGAUGUGUGGAGCAGCUGCUGUAUGAUGCUGCACAUGCUCAAUGGCUGCCACCCCUGGACCCAAUAUUAUAACCACCCUCUCUGCCUGAAGAUCGCUAAAGAGCCGCCUCCUCUGAGGGAAAUUCCACCUUCCUGCAACCCUCUCACUGCUGAGAUUAUUAAGCUGGGGCUGGAGAAGGAACCUCUGCACAGGGCAUCUGCAUCAGAGCUCAAAACUAAGACCAGUGUGGCACUCGAGGAAGUGGGAGGUGUGAGAAGCCCCUGGAAAGGUGAAUACAGAGAGCCCAGACAUAUAUCUUUGAACAACAAAAGCAGUGCACAGACGUCCCUGUCCCCCACAGUGAGCCCGGUUUCUGAGACUGGUUCUGACCCAAAACUGUCAGUCAAAGUUUCAUCUGCCAGCCUAGUGCUACCACCUCCAUCUCUGGAGCAAACAGAGGAGGUUGAGGGAACCCACUGGAAUGAGGGCAAGGAGUUGACUGAGACCUGUGAUCCCCCACGUCUCUCCUCGACUCCUCUGUCCCUGAAGACCUGCAGCCAUGUGGAAAGAGCCACAACCAUUUCAGAGCAAGAACUUCAGCAGCUGGAAAUUGAACUGUUUCUGAACAGCCUUUCCCAGCCUUACUCUCUGGAAGAACAAGAGCAAAUGCUUUCGUGCCUCAGCAUCGACAGCCCCUUUGUGUCAGAUGCCAGUGAGAAGAACUCCAUGAAGGCUUCUCACAGCUUGAGGGACACCAUGAGCUCUGGGAUCCAUUCCUGGAACAGCCAAGCAGACGGGCAGAGCUGCAGCUGGAACAACCUGCUGAGCCGCAGCCGGCACACCGACACUCCCAGCUACUUCAACGGAGUGAAAAUCCAGAUCCAGUUGCUAAGUGGAGAAAAUUUGCACAUCAGGGAUUUCCACAGAACAAAGGUGGGAGACAUUGCCACGGGAAUAAGCAGCCAGAUCCCCGUGCCCGCAUUCAGCCUGGUGACCAAGGAGGGGCAGCCCGUGCACUACGACAUGGAGGUGCCCGACUCGGGCAUCGAGCUGCAGUGCACCCUGGCCCCUGACUGCAGCCUCAGCUGGGCCUGGCGUGUCAAGCACGGCCAGCUGGAGAACAGGCCCUGAAGCCCUGCCUGCUUUGGAGGUUUGCACCCUGUGCAAAGAAGGAAUUGCAAAAGCUUCUGACCUCCCCUGCCAUGGAGCACCAAGUGCAGUAGCUGGUGUUUGUGCUGCAGCAGGAUCACAGCUCAGCUGCCCUCAGACCUCACU